AUGCAACUCAGGUCCAGCCAAGAGGCUGGAGGUAAGUCACUGGCUGCUGGACCAGAGAAGGAGGAAUUGCUGCGGAGUUCACUCCCCCACGCUCAGGAUGCCCCAAGGCAGGAACCGCCUCUGUCCUGCACUGUCUCGGUGGGGGAGAAGUCAACUGAAGCCUCUGGAAAACUAACUGGGGCUGAUGUUGGGAGAGUGCUCAGCUCAGAGGCUAGGAGAUGCCCCUCUCUCCACAAAGACAGAACUCUAGCUCUGUCUAGACCACAGUCUCAGGGAGAAGGUUGUUCUCUUCCAACUAGAGAAGCAAAGCCAGGGAAGAGACCCUUUUCUCCAGCCCCCAGUAAGCAGCAAAAGCCCAAUGCUGUGGGUUUGGCCUCAACAUCAUCUCCCUGUGGCACUAACUCAGGCCGUGUCACCCACAACCCAGUGCCUUGUGGGUCGGGCCGGGGGCCCUGCCACCUGGCCAACCUCCUCAGUUCAUUGGCCCCAAGUAGCCAAGACACAGACCAGAAGAAAGGACUACCAGAAGUGACCUGCCAAGUUCGAAAAAAGACUCGAACCUUAUAUCGCUCAGACCAGCUGGAGGAGCUAGAGAAGAUAUUCCAAGAAGACCAUUACCCUGACAGCGAUAAGCGCCGGGAAAUUGCCCAGACGGUGGGGGUCACCCCGCAACGCAUCAUGGUAAAAGGGGCUGGCUGACCGGUCAGCAUGGGUGGAGGAGACCCAUCAACUGAAAUUCUAGAGGAGCAGAGCAAGUGCUCAGUAUUCUCCCUGAACAGGAGCUGAAGUUGGGUGUGGUUUCAGAAUCGCCGGGCAAAGUGGCGAAAGGUGGAAAAACUGAACGGGAAGGGCAACAAGGACAAUCCAGCAGCCCCUGCCCCUGCAGAGAGUCAUGGCGGCUCUGCUGCUCAGCUCCCACCCACUGUGUCUGUGGACCCAGAGCCUGGUGCCUUCUCUCAGGAGCCCCCUCUGGAUACUCUUCCAGAACCCCCCAUGCUGCUGACUUCUGACCAGACUUUGGCCCAGGCCCAACAGAGUGAGGGUACUCAGAGGAUGGCAGUGACUCCUCCACUCUUCAGUCCCCCACCUGUUCGAAGGACCAGUCUUCCUUUUCCUUUUGGUCCUGCCCAGGCCCCACAACUGAUGCCUCUGAUGAUGGACACUCCUGGCAGUGACAGCAGCCACAAAGAUGGCCCCCAUGGGCCCUGGGGAACAAGCAUCACCCCACCAUCCCCCUGCCCAUAUUUGGAAGAGCUGGAACCUCAGGAUUACCAACAAAGCAAUCAGCUGGGUCCAUUCCAAUUCUCCCAGGCUCUGCAGUCCCAACUUUUUCAAAACCCGCAGCCCCAGAUUUCAUACCUCCAUCCAUUCCCCUUCCACAUGCCCCAUUCGCUGACACCUCCACCCCCAGAAGACUGUCUCUUUGCAUUGCCUUAUGGCUCCAAUGGGAGUACCUCACAGGGCUACUUUCCAGGUCCCUCAUCAGGGCAGAUCCUGCUGCAGCCACCUACUGGGAAUAUGGGCACAGUCCCCUGGAAUGACCUCUGGAAUGAACUGCCCUUCCCUAGUCCAUUCUGCCCACAAGCUCUGGGGCAGCCCCUGGGAGGAGAUGGCUACUUCCCUGAUCUACUUCUAGCUCCCUAUGCUCAGGGUAUGAACCGGCAGCCCUCACCAGCUCUCACCCAGCUGCCUGAUGGGGCCAGACCAGGAACUGGGCCCUUACUCAGCAAGGCCAAAGAAGAGCAGCCUGCCCCCUCCCUGGAGCAGCCCUCAGCACCAGAGGAGGUCUGAGAUGAAGGCAAGAACAGCCAUGUCCCCUAG